UUGGCUUCUUUCGCCGCCUCCGCGCAGUCAGCCAACCCGGGUGGCCUCUGCUGCUGCCGGCAGCUAGUCCGGCGUCCACUCGGGUAGCGGCCCUAGGGAGCCGCGCGGGCAGGCGGGGACGCGCUCCAAGCCAUGGAGGAGAUACCUGUCUUGGGCCUGGGCACCUGGAAGGCGGCUCCAGGGGAGGUAACAGAGGCUGUAAAAGUGGCGAUAGACGUGGGCUACCGGCACUUGGACUGCGCCUAUGUGUACCACAAUGAGAAUGAGGUCGGAGUGGGAAUCCAGUCCAAGAUCAAGGAGGGUGCGGUGAGACGGGAGAACCUGUUUAUUGUCAGCAAGCUCUGGUGCACCUGCCAUAAGAAGUCCCUGGUGAAAGCAGCCUGCACCCGGAGUCUGAAGACCUUGAAGCUGGACUACUUGGACCUCUACCUCAUGCAUUGGCCCAUGGGCUUCAAGUCCGGAGAGGCAGACUUGCCGGUGGACCACAAUGGCAUGAUCAUCCCCAGCGACACGGACUUCCUGAACACGUGGGAGGCCAUGGAGAACCUGGUGGCCUCAGGCCUAGUGAGAGCCAUCGGGGUGUCAAACUUCAACCAUCAGCAGCUCAAGAGACUUCUGAAUAAACCCAACUUGAGGUUCAAGCCGGUGACCAACCAGAUCGAGUGCCACCCGUAUCUCACUCAGAAGAACCUGAUCAGUUUCUGCCAAUCGAGAAAUGUGUCCGUGACAGCUUACCUGCCCUUUGGUGGCUCCAGUGGGGGGAUGCACCUGAUGGAAGACCCUACUAUCCAGACGAUCGCUCAGAAGCACAGGAAGUCCGCAGCCCAGAUUUUGAUCCGAUUUCAGAUCCAGAGAAACCUAAGAGUGAUUCCCAAAUCUGUCAACCCAAAGCGGAUUCUUGAGAACUUCCAGGAAAGUGUGUUUGAUUUUGAAUUAUCAGAAGAGGAUAUGACUGACCUCCUCGGCCUGGACAGGAAUCUCCGUUUGUCUACGUUCCCCAUAACUGAAAAUCACAAGGACUAUCCCUUCAGAGAAGAGUUCUGAGGAUCCUGCUCAGCCCAGAUGAAUCCUUGCCAACGCAGGGCAGCCCUGGACAGGGCAGGGGACACAGAUUGAUUUGGGUGGGCUCCCUGAGAAGUCCCAAGAACUGAAUAUGGUCUGUGCCUGAAGGUGGAGGCUUCAUGAGAGCAGCGAUCGCUCUCCACCGAGACCCAUUCAGGUUUUAGAAUCCGAGGAGCCCACAGUGCGCUGGGUUCUCACAAGUGCAUGGCGCGGACUGCACCCUCAAACAAGGAUAUUCGAUGACUCGUGAAUAAUUUGCCUUCACAUUAAAAAGAAAAAAAAGAAUCUUGCUAUGGAAAUGUUGGAAUGUCUACAGUAUAAGGAACCUCUACCCCCAUCACUCAGCUUCAGCCAUUGUCAGUCCCUGGCCCUUCUUGCUUUGUCUCUGAUCCUCUGUUCCCUGCCAAUCCCCCCAGACGGUUUUAAAGCAAAAUUCUUACACAACACACAACAAAAGGGUGUGCUCAGCCGCCUGCCACUGUCCCAUCCCUCACUGAUGCUAACGUGCUGCCAUAGGGAACAGGUUUUCCAUAGCCUGGGAAAAAUGAUUUCUAACCUGUCUAAAAGACAAAGUAAUAAAACCAUAAUGCAGUUCUUAUAAAUGAGGAAAUGAUGAAUUCCCAGUUUAAAAGGAUGAUAUUGGAGGAGCACAGUAACUAACAGUUAUCGAUUACUUACCACGUUGUGCUGUGUGGUUGUGUCCAACUCUUUGUGACCC